AUGUGUUAUAUGAGAUGCGCAAGAUGCUUCCUAUGCACCGGGAUCCUCACGUGGGCUGUCGACACUUGCCCGGAGGUCAUAAAAGCCAAAGAAGGUGCCUCGCUGCGUCGAUGGGGGAUGGGAGCCUUUGAUGCUGCAUCUUAUGUUCUGCGGCCCGGGUGCCCUGGCCUCGAAGAGGCUGGGGCAUUCUUUGCCUUCUCGCAUGCAUGUCCUAGGUGCGAGAGGUUCCCUAAUUUUCUGACUCCCUUUACUCUAGAGUACAUGUUCGCUCGGUUCCUUGCGGAUAUCCCCUUCCACUAUCCCGAGAACGAGCCUUAUUGGGUACAAUGGCACCACCGUCAGAUGGCGAGUGCCACUAGGCGACAUAAUGGGCUGGCCAUCGCCCAGGAGAAGUUGCAACAGAUAACCAUGGACCAGCUGAAGGAAGAGAAAGAACGAGAACAGGAGCAGCAAGAGGACAGAAAACGCCGUAUUCAAGAACAAUAUGCAGCUCUAGCAGAGGGCCAGCGGAAACAGCUGCAGCGGCAACAUCACGAGCGACUACUUGACGAGCAAGAGAGGCGACGAUGGGCUCUGAUCCAGCCACAGAUACAUAUCCCAGGGCUAGCGGAACAGCUCGAGGAGAUCCAUGGCCCAGAGGUCUAUGGCUCAGAGGGCCAGGGCCUUGGGCGCGAGGACUCUGAGGGUCAGGGCUCCGACGGCCAGACAACUUCCUCACGGGGUCGAUCCCUAGAGCGCCGACCACCUUUCAUACGGAGUCGAUCCCCAAAGCGCCGGCUACUUUCCCCACGGGAUCAGUCCCCGCAUGACCAGUCCUCAAGACAGCCGGAGGUGGCACAGGACCAAGAAGAUAUCCAGAUGUCAGACGCGCAGAUCUUGGACGAACCAGGUUCACAUGCCCGGAUCCCAGACCUGCAGCUUGCAGAGGGUCAAGAACUACAGCCCCAUCCGGUCUUCCAGCUUCCAGUUAUACAACUCCCGCACGAACCAGCGCUACAACCUCAACAAAGGGCCCGACCUACCGAGGCACGGAUCCCACAGGGACUAUUGCAACGGCCCAGUCAGGUCGUAAUCCAACCAGGCCCGGUCCUAUGGCAGCUGGCACAGACUGGGCCGGGGGAAUCCACGUCGCACCAGCCAGAGAAUCAGGCGUCGCAGGAUGACGAUGGACGUGAACAGGAUCAAGAAGGCCACACAGAUGAACACGAACAGCGGCCGCCUCAAAACGAGAAGGCAGGGGGUCCUUCGAAGCAGGCUCAAUCUCAAGAAGGGUCGGCAGGGUCAACAGAGGUAGUCAUGGACGACUCAGCCCCAGCCCCGAUUGAGGAACCGGCGGACUCUACCCAAUAA